GCGAGAGAGAAACAAAAUAGAAAGCGAAGAGACGACGACCAUGUUCCCGUCGCCAGGGAGGGCGGUGAUGGCGCUGGGCCACGGUGGCCAGCACAUGACCGCGUCGUCCACCGCCGGCGGCAUGGCGGCAUCCUCGUCGUCCACCCCCACCAUAACGUUCGCGUUCCAGCAGCCGUCCCCUCCCCCUCCUCCGACGGCGACGAGCUCCCUCGCCCUCGCCCACCCCCACCACCAUGGCGUGCUAGGUUACGGCUCCGCCUGCCUUCUCCUGGACCACCACCACCCAACCACCGCCACCUCCUCGGCCUCUCCCUCGCACGCGGCUCCGUCCAGCGUCGUCCCGGCCCCCACCCUCCACCACCACUUCCAUGGCCAUGCAGCAGGAGCGCCGCACGUUUCCCUUUCCCCUCCCACGAGGGCGUCGCCUCCUCCUCAUCAUCCAUGGUCGACGGCGGCGGCCUGCGAAGAAGAGCCGGAGCCGCAUCACGAUCAUCGCCAACAAGCAGGCCAAGGCGGCAGACCGCCGAGGGGGAAGGGAGCGGCGGUGAGCGAGGGGUCGGCGGCGGCGCUGGGAGUGGGCGCCGUGCGGAUGAAGAAAGCGGGCGGCGGAGGAGGAGGCAAGGCGCGGCGGAAGGUGCGCGAGCCGCGGUUCUGCUUCAAGACGAUGAGCGACGUCGACGUGCUCGACGACGGCUACAAGUGGCGCAAGUACGGCCAGAAGGUCGUCAAGAACACGCAGCACCCAAGGAGCUACUACCGGUGCACGCAGGACAACUGCCGGGUGAAGAAGCGGGUGGAGCGGCUCGCCGAGGACCCCCGCAUGGUCAUCACCACCUACGAGGGCCGCCACGUCCACUCCCCGUCCCGCGACGAAGACGACGACGCCGCGCGCGCCAACGCCGAGAUGAGCUUCAUCUGGUAGCCUGCAGAUCCGGCUCCGACGACCGGCGGCCAUCUCUAUUCUCUCAGUGCAUACAACGUCGGCCGCCUCCGGUCUAAGUUUCGCCAGCAGCCGCCGCCACCACCAGCAGCAGCAGCUGAAUAUCCUGAAUUUAGCUAUUAUAUCCAUCCAUGCAUCGAAGAACUCUCAUCGAUCGUGUGUGCAUGUGGCAUGUCUAGGCAUUAUGUUAUUGCUAUGUCAAUCGAUCUUUAUAUAUAUACGCGAAUGAUGUCCGUCGCUGCAGGUACGUAGGGUGUGAACUGCAUGGUCCUCCUAGCUACUGUCGACCUGUCGUAGUUAAUUAGCUAAUAAUAUAGUAGUGCAUCCAGGUUAUGGACUAAAUAAUACUUAUAUACAUAGCAGCUACCUGAAACGUGUUCUAGAAUUACCAAUGUUUAUUGCACUUCUUUCCUUUGCUACUUUAAAUUUAUAAGGUUGAUAAGUUUGUUGGUGAUAU